CUGAACUCUAUUAAGCCAUCCCUAUAAACUUAAAUUAACAUCCAUCUCGAGGUUUUAUUCUAUCAUUCCAUUUAUAUAUAUAACAAUUCAAACAUGGAAAAGCCUCCUAUUAGUGAGGUUCUCGCGACCACAGGGACCCCUGGAUGGUGGUCUGCUGAGACAAGCCAAAUUGUAUCAAACUACGCCAAAGCUGUAUGGUUCGUCAUUGUUGGUUUGGCAUCCCUGUUCUGGGCCUCAAAACAGGUUUUUGGUUAGGGCAUACCAAAGGUCUCGCGAACGAAGUGAGAGUCCAGUAGGAAGAACCAAGGAAUUUGUUAAGCACGAUGACUGCACGGGGGCGGAAAGUUUGGCAAAUGUCAGAACCACUUGAAAUUGUCUCCUUGCCCUAGAUCUUGAAUAUAAGUUUCUGUACAUAGCAUAGCUGUACUGUAGUGUAGAGCCUAUACACC